UACUUCCCUUGAAGGCCCAUAAUGCACAGGAGUCGCUGUUAAUGCAUGAGAAAUAGGCGAAAGUAUCACACAUUUCGAUGCAAUUUUAACGUGUUUUUCAGCAUAUUUGCACUUAUUUAAUGAAUUAUGUUUAUAAAGAUGUGUCUUCCGCGUAAUUCGGACCAAGAAUUUUAAAUCACCAACGCCGAUCUACGGAAGAUAUCGGAGCUUUCGAUACAGGAAGAGUGCAAACUUUCGAUGUUUUGAUUUGACACAAAAUGGCGACCCAGAGUGUGAAUGUUAGUUUGGACGAUAUUGACCUGUCAAGACUGAGAGAUCCUGCAGGCAUUUUUGAUUUGAUAGAAGUGGUAGGAAAUGGAACCUAUGGACAAGUAUACAAGGGUAGUCAUACAAAGACAGGUCAGCUGGCAGCCAUCAAGGUGAUGAACGUCACUGAAGAAGAGGAAGAAGAAAUCAAAUUAGAAAUCAAUGUCUUGAAAAAGUAUUCUCACCACCGGAAUAUCGCCACAUAUUAUGGAGCUUUUAUAAAGAAAAGCCCAGCUGGCAAAGAUGAUCAACUCUGGUUGGUGAUGGAGUACUGUGGGGCAGGAUCUGUGACAGAUCUCGUCAAAGCAACAAAAGGCAAUUGCCUCAAAGAGGAAUGGAUUGCCUAUGUGGCCAGAGAAAUUUUAAGGGGCCUGGCACAUUUACAUGCUAAUCGUGUGAUACACAGAGAUAUAAAGGGACAGAAUGUCCUUCUCACAGAUAAUGCCGAAGUCAAAUUAGUUGACUUUGGUGUGAGUGCUCAACUAGAUAAAACAAUAGGGAGACGUAAUACAUUUAUAGGAACACCUUACUGGAUGGCACCAGAAGUUAUAGCUUGUGAUGAGAAUCCAGAUGCCACAUAUGAUAAUAGAAGUGAUCUAUGGUCUCUAGGUAUAACUUCUAUUGAAAUGGCUGAAGGCAAACCUCCACUCUGUGAUAUGCACCCAAUGAGGGCCUUAUUUCUUAUACCCAGGAAUCCACCACCUAGACUUAAGUCUUCUAAAUGGUCAUCUAGGUUUCAUAAUUUUGUUGAGACAUGUUUACUCAAGGACUAUACACAGCGACCUAACACAGAACAGCUAUUAAAACAUCCAUUUAUACGUGAUCAACCGACAGAGAGACAGGUCCGAAUACAGCUCAAAGAUCACAUUGACCGGCAUAAGAAAAAUAAGAAAAUUGAGGACCAUGACACAGAGUAUGAGUACGAAGGCAGUGAUAACGAGGAGGAGGAGGAUGGAACAAAACCAGGAGAACCUAGUUCUAUUUUACAAAUCGGGCCUGGGGAGUCGACACUGCGCCGCAACUUUCAGCAGAUUCAAGAGCGAGAGUCCAAAUCACCGUACGCUGUACCAAACAUAAAUCCACAACCAGUGCCGAAUAAACAACAGCCACCACGGCAACCAGAGCGUAACCAUGACAGACAACAUGGCCAUCAUCAUCAUCACCAUCAGGGACAACAACAACCAAGACCGUCCUCAGGGGCUCAUGGUCAAAGACCGGUCUCUAAUCAAUUCCAGCCCCCAACCAAACAUGCAGUUCAAGAACAGAUAUCUAAUAAACCAAUACAGCCAAGGUUGUUAGCUGAAGAGGCAAAAGGAAGUGGGUCGGAAAAUGAACGAGAUUCUGAAUCGGAAGGCGAAGUGAUUCCAGAUUCCAGGGGUCAGCACCAGGGGUCGCCACAUCCAGAGGCUCGUAACUACAGACCGGCUUCCAAUAAACCAGAGGACCUUGACCUGUUGGCAGCACAGUUGAACGAGCUCGGUGCGGAGAUACGACCUCCUGCACGGACCGUUCUUGUACCAGAUGAUAACAGCGAUGAUGAGGAGGAGGAAGAAGAGGAAGUUGUCAUCAACCGUGAUGGUACCCUGCUUGCCUCAGAACCAGCUAGACCACUGCCACCAGAAGGCUACAAUAAAGAUACUUUAGAAACAUUGUCUUCCAUGGUUGUACAUGAAGAAGUUGAAACACCACCUGGACCAAGUCCGGUUUCCCGUCAUGAGCAGGAGAGGAACCGAGAGAAUCGGAACCGCGACCUUAAAGAUCGUGAAGAUGAUGAUGACGGCACUCUGGUUCUACGAAGGAACAAUAAAGGUCAGGAUCAACAGGAGCUUGAUCCCAAGCGUCACAGACACUCAGAUCGAGAGGUUCAAAGAAAUGGUGGUCAACACAAAAAUGUGCAGAAAAUGGCUUCCAACUCAUCCUUUCCAGGUGCAUUGGCUGGUGGUGCAAUGCAGUCACCCCGUCACAGUGCCAGUAGUGGAGUCCUUCCAGACUUGUUACCUCCUCACACCCCGCCACAGUCUAGAUCUCCACCGGCUCCUGGCCAGAGACCCCAGGACAAAACUACAUCUGACGAGCUAAGGAAAUUGGCAGCAAACAACCUUCAGGGCAAAUUAACUCCUGGAAGAGUAGAGUAUCGCCAAGCUGUAAGUAAGACACCAUCUAUGCGCCACCAGAGGUCUUUCUCGGCAUUUGGGUUUGGUGCGAGCAGUGGUUCAACAGUUGGUUCUCAGUCAAGUCAGUCGAGUCAGUCACGACGCGGGUCUCAGAUCAACGUAAACGUUACUCCGGCGCAGACCCAGGAGGCGACGUCAGAUACCCCGGAAAUCAGAAAAUACAAAAAGAGAUUCAAUUCCGAUAUUUUAUGUGCUUCAUUAUGGGGUGUGAAUUUAUUGAUAGGUACAGAUAGUGGUCUCAUGUUGUUAGAUAGAAGUGGACAAGGCAAAGUGUACUCGUUAAUCAGUAGACGACGGUUCCAGCAGAUGGAGGUACUGGAAAACCAGAAUAUUCUGGUUACCAUCUCCGGCAAGAAGAACAAAAUACGAGUCUACUAUCUCUCGUGGUUAAAGUCAAAGAUCUUCAAGUCAGAAGGGAAUGACAAGAGAAAUGGUUGGGUGAACGUGGGAGAAUUGGAGGGAUGUGUUCAUUUUAAAAUUGUAAAAUAUGAGAAGAUAAAAUUCCUUGUGAUAGCCCUAAGGGACAGUAUAGAAAUUUACGCCUGGGCCCCGAAACCUUACCACAAAUUCAUGGCUUUUAAGUCAUUUGGUGACCUUGCUCAGCGACCUUUGGUAGUUGACCUAACAGUAGAAGAGGGUCAAAGGUUAAAGGUUUUAUACGGGUCUAAGACUGGUUUCCAUGCUGUUGAUGUUGACACGGCAACAUUGUAUGACCUGUACAUUCCCCAGCAUACACAUGGCCCUAUAUGUCCACAUACUAUCGUUAUUCUCCCAAACACAAAUGGAAUGCAACUUCUUCUUUGCUAUGACAAUGAAGGUGUAUAUGUAGAUUCUACUGGAAAAGUUACAAAGAAUGUAGUGUUACAAUGGGGAGAACUGCCCACGUCUGUUGCAUACAUUGGUACAGGACAGAUAAUGGGUUGGGGAAACAAGGCAAUAGAAAUCCGAGCAGCUGAGACUGGUCAUCUUGAUGGUGUAUUCAUGCACAAGAAAGCUCAAAAACUGAAAUUCUUGUGUGAACGAAAUGACAAGGUUUUCUUUUCUUCAAUGAGAUCAGGGUCAUCAUGUCAGAUAUAUUUCAUGACCUUGAGUAGGCCUGGUUUGGCCAAUUGGUGAACAGGGCACAUAAUUUAGGAACUUAAAUUCAAAAUUGACCAAUCAGAGAGAGUGUAGCAUUGUACUGCUGGAAAUUGACCAAUCAGCAGCAGGAAUACAGUUUCCAACUCUGAAAAUGACCAAUGGGAUCAGUAUUAAAAGACUUGCCAGUACUGCUUGUUGAUGUGUUUGUAACUAGUGCUACGUAAAGUUAUAUCCCAAAGUUUUUGCACAUUUUUAAGUUCUUUGAAAGAGCUUUUUUUUUACAAAUAUCCUUUUUAUAGUAUUUAAAAAUGUGUAAACAAAUGUGAAGUCAGUUGCAAAGAAUUUCUUAACAUUUAAGUUAAACUUUCAUCUUCAUUUCACAUUUUUUUUUUUUUUCAGAAAAAAAAAUAGUACAGGGUUUUGUAUUAAAAUAAUUAUGCAUUGUGAUCUUUUGUAAGUUAUUCUAAUUUUUCUACUCUGUAAUUAUUCAUUUUGUGUUUGGCUCAUUCACUGUCAUUUUUUUGUUCUCUCAUAAUUUUGCUUAAGUGCUCAACUAUAUACUCUUUUUGUGUUUUGUUUUUUUAAAAAGGAACUCUGUUGCCUUGUGUUGGAGAUAGAAAUACUGUUAAUUUAUCAGGGGCAUUUUGAAUCACAGAAUUAUGAAAUUGACUACUGGCAUGAUGCCAGAAAUCAAUUCUGACCAAUCAAACUCUGUGUUCCAUAAAUGUGAUACCAUAUGAGAUUGACCAAUCAGGACAGAGGAUGGAUGUUAGUAAUAGUCUGUUCUGUUGGGGCACAUAUAGUCUGUACCUGGAAACUGCAUUCAAAUUUAAGGACAGUAUAUGUGAAAGAAAAUACAUGUACAAGUAAAAUUUAUGGACAGUAUAUGUGGCAGAAAAUACAUGUAAUUGUAUGAACUGGAGGACAAAGCAUAAUGUUUGAAAAUGCUUUAAAGAAAGGGAGAGCUUUCUAAUUGAAGUACAUCCUAGAGGUUGUAUGCAAUAUAUGUAUACUCUGUAAAUUUUGUGAGGAUGUAAAUUUUGCAUUUAUGAAAUGCAUUUAUUGUAACGAAGAUCUGAAGUGACUGGGGACUAAAAGUAAUCAGACUACAAAAUUAUCAAUUUAUCAUCUACUAAUAUCAUUCUUUUAAAAAAUGUGAUUAAUAAUUUUUGUUGGGAUGUAGUAUAAUCAAUAAGCAAUAUUAAUACUCUAAUGUGUCUGCUUAUUUUGUGUACCAAUUAUAUCAUCAUUCUGAUACAUUUUAAAAAUUGUUGACAAUAAAGCUUAACUGUCAAUCAUAGAAAACCAGCAAUUUGAAAUUGACCACUCAGACUUUAUUUUUAGACUGGUGUUCAAUAUUUGUCCCUGUGACUCCUAAGUUUAAGGGUUAUAAAGAAAUUAUUCAGGAACCAGUCUAAAAAAGUAAAGUUUUUUAUUGGUUGAUUUAAAACUGUCAAUGUUUGAAAUCAACCAAUGGUUGCUCCUUAAUUUUGGACUGGUUACGUGAUUUAACAAAGAACGUGGAAACUAUUGGUGAUAGUGCAUUUUAGUGUGAAAUUGUACAUUGUUAGCAAGGUUUAUAUGUAACUAUUCUUGUUGUAUAUAGCAAGUAAUCAUGUGCAAUAUAACAGUGUUGAUGUUUAGGAAAUUGUACAUUUGUGUCAUAUAGUGGUAUACAUUCUUUAAUUUAAGGAAAAUUUGUGUCAUAUUGUGGUAUACAAUCUGUAAUUUAAGGAAAAUUUGUAUCAAAUAGUGGUAUACAGUCUGUAAUUUAAGAAAAUGAAAGUGAUAAUACUGAUUACAAUGUAUUGUUGACAAUGUUUUAUUUUUGUAACCCAGAGUUUUAUGAUUUUAAUUUCAUAAUUCAUGGAUGGUUCCUUGUUUUUAUUUUAUACAAACAAAAUAUAGAUACCUUAUCCUCCUUCAGUUGAAAUUGAUUUUUCUUGAGAGAUUUAAUAAUUUUUUGAUAUGUAUUAGAAAAGUAAUUUAUAGAAAUUUCGAUUCAGUUAAUGGGCAGUGAUACAAUAUUAGACAAUAUUUUAAAAGAUAUGUUAAUGCACUCUCUGACAUACAUGUACAAUUUCACUGUAGGUAAUUUUGUUUAUGAAAUCAUAUAUACUAGUGUAUGUUUCCAAAAUGUUUAUGUUUCGUUUCGUUAUGUUUCUCCGCAAUGGUGGAGUUGUCUCCCCUUCAUACAUUAUACACAUUAUCUCUACACAUUUAACCCCGAUCAUUUGCCAAAUUUAGUCAAAUUUAAUGUCAUUUUUAUACAUUUUAAAUGUACAUUAGUGUAGAUAGAUGUUUUUGAGAUUUGCUUUUUUUGUGAUCUUUAAGAGUGUAAAGCAGACCUGCCUGCCAGACUAACUGAUAACUGUGAAAUUUUAAUAUACGACUAAAAACAUAAUAUUGUCAUAUAUGCAGAAUUACAAAAGCUGUAAAUACUCAUGUAUAUCUCAGACAUGUGUAGUAUACACAUUCCCAAAUCUCAGUUGAUAAUACAAUCUUACGAUAGUGAAAUAAAAUAUUGUUUUUUUUUUAAGAUUUAUUGAUUUUUCUGUAAAUACUGAUAAUCUUUUUGUUUUGCAUAGAUUAUAAAGCCUUCAUAUCUAGUCAUAAAUUCAUGCUAAAUUUAGAACAUUUCAAGGUAUACUAUGCACAUUUAUCAUAUCAGAAGUUUAAUAUCAGACUGAUUUUUGCUUAAAAUGUACACAGUUUCUCCUAAAGUAUUAAAGAAGACAAGAUUUGGGGG